AAGACAGCCAGGAUGCUAUUAGCAGGGAGGCGGUGGGAAAUUGGGGGUUUAUAACCAUUCAAUAUGGGAUUUAGUGGGGAAAAAAAAUUCAUGUUUAAAGUUUGCAUUUUAAAAAAAUUGACUGGCAGCAGAAAGCCUACAGUGUGAGUGGAGGAGGGAGUAACCAGCUCUAAGCUGGGCCUUCAAGCCAAACCAGGAAGUGGAGAGAGAGAGAGAGAGAGAGACAGAUACAUAGCAAUUUCUUCCACUUACAAGAUACAAGGUUUCCCAAAUCUGACCAUUUUAAGGAUGAGAGACCACGGUUUACCUGAUCUCUAUAGUGCUUUAUUGUAUUAUUAUUUUAUUUCCUAGGAAAGACGCAUGCGAUACUUUACAUUUGUUUUUAAAAAAGAAAGGAAGGAAGGAAGGAUCGACAUUAGAGUGGUUUGACUCUGGCUCGUCAAGUAGUGUUGUAGAGGUUCUGGGUUUCCAAUCGCUGGUUUAUUUUUUUCCCUGUGUGAAGCUGCUCUGGCCUAAGUCACUGUAAAGUCUCUCUUCUUGCCCAGCUCAGUGCUACCAUUGCCAGGGUCUGGUUGUCAUUUUCCCAAAGCCACCUUUUCACCUCUCGAUUCUGGCUGGAUUUGCGCAGCAAAAGGAAAACUAUGUGGGGUUGCAGCUAUUUUGUUGGUGUUUUCCUGAUUUCAGUUUCAGUGUCAAUCCAGGAAGAAUAUACAGAAUACGGAAUGGUGAACCAAAAUGUAUCUUUCUCUUUCAAUCGUCCGAAAGGGACAAUAGAAAUCGUCUGGAAGUUUAGACAUGACAAGAUCGUGGACUGGUCAGAUCUGUCCAAAGAGCCUGUAUAUUAUCAGCCGUACAGAGGAAGAACUGUGAUUAACAAAAACACUUUAUCAAUCAAUGAAUUAAGGAAAGAAGAUGUCGGUAUCUACACAUUGGAAUACACAUUUGAUGAUGGCAAUACUGAAGAAAAUAAAUACAACCUAAUGGUCCUUGACCCACUUUCAAAGCCAAAGAUUACAUGCAGAGGGAAUCUUUCUGUUGUUCAUAUGAUUUGCAACAAGAAUGUUACCUCAAAUGAAGACUUAGUUAAAAUCGAGUGGAUACACAAAAGCGUGCAACUGGACAAUGAUCCCAUUACUGACCAUUUACUGGAAAUAAAAGAUCCCCUGAAUAAUAAGGGAGCGUAUGUUUGUAUUUUAAACCAACCAGGAAACAGUGAAGAAAGCGAUCCUUUUCAAAUGGAGGAUUGUGAAGGGUUUAAGUAUCGACGUCACCACAUUUUCAUCUUUUUCAGUUUAAUAACAGUUUUUUUGGUGCUAAUCGCAUACAUGUGUCAAAAAUGUUGCCCUGUUACGUCGUAAAAAACAUGCUACAAAUUGGAAUAAGUGUAAAGCAGCUGAUAACUCUGGGGAGGAAAGAGACCAUCACCAGCUUGAAGAAGAUCAUGUAACAUAAUUGAUCAACUACUGAGGAGAAACUUUAUGAGCCUGAAGAACAUAUUGUAUAGAAUUUUUGUUUGUGUUAGCUGGGCACAACUGAGACACCAACAAUUCAUCUAAUGGUAGCGAAACAUCACUGAAUUACCAAAAGAUUCUGUAAUUUCUUCCCUGUUACUGAUGAGAUCAAUUGCCAGACAACCCCCCAACAUUUAUUCCAUUCCGUCCUCCUGCAUGCCGUAUGUUUGAACAAUCACAAGGUUUUCCAGGAUCGAACAGAUCAACAACAACAACAACAAGAUUCCAUUUAGAGAGCGCCUUUCAC